CUGGUCUCAGAGACCUAUCAAUUGCAUCUGAGUUGCAGGGGCCAUGGCUUCCAAAUGCCUCAAGGCAGGCUUCUCUUCUGGGUCUCUCAAGAGCCCAGGAGGGGCCAGUGGGAGCUCCACUCGUGUGUCUGCAAUGUACUCCAGCAGCUCUUGCAAGCUCCCGAGUCUCUCCCAUGGGGCCAGAAGUUUCUCUGCCUGCUCAGCGGGUCUGGGCAGAAGCAGCUACAGGGCUACCAGUUGCCUCCCUACUCUCUGCCUCCCCGCCGGAGGCUUCACUACCAGCUACAGCGUGAGUGGGGGCUGGUUUGGGGAGGGUAUCCUCACUGGCAAUGAGAAGGAGACCAUGCAAUCCCUGAACGACCGCUUGGCCAGCUACCUGGAGAAGGUGCGUCAGCUGGAGCAGGACAAUGCCAGCCUGGAGAGCCGCAUCCGUGAGUGGUGUGAGCAGCAGGUCCCCUACAUGUGCCCCGACUACCAGUCCUACUUCCGGACCAUUGAGGAACUCCAGAAGAAGACCCUGUGCAGCAAGGCUGAGAAUGCCAGGCUGGUGGUGGAGAUUGACAAUGCCAAAUUGGCCGCAGAUGACUUCAGGACCAAGUAUGAGACGGAGGUGUCCCUGCGGCAGCUGGUGGAGUCAGACAUCAACGGCCUGCGCAGGAUCCUGGAUGACCUGACCCUGUGCAAGUCUGACCUGGAGGCCCAGGUGGAGUCCCUGAAGGAGGAGCUGCUCUGCCUGAAAAAGAACCAUGAGGAGGAAGUGAACUCACUGCGCUGCCAGCUUGGUGACCGGCUCAAUGUUGAGGUGGACGCUGCCCCCCCUGUUGACCUGAACCGAGUUCUGGAUGAGAUGAGGUGCCAGUACGAAACCCUCGUGGAGAAUAACCGCCAGGAUGCCGAAGACUGGUUUGACACCCAGACUGAGGAGCUGAACCAGCAGGUGGUUUCCAGCUCAGAGCAGGUGCAGUCCUGCCAGGCAGAGAUCAUCGAGCUGAGACGGACAGUCAACACCCUAGAGAUUGAGCUGCAGGCCCAGCACAGCAUGAGAGAUGCCUUGGAAUCCACCCUGGCAGAGACGGAGGCCCGCUACAGCUCCCAACUGGCCCAGAUGCAGUGCAUGAUCACCAACGUGGAGACCCAGCUGACCGAGAUCCGGGCUGACCUGGAGCGGCAGAACCAGGAGUACCAGGUGCUGCUGGACGUCCGUGCCCGGCUAGAGUGUGAGAUCAACACAUACCGGGGCCUGCUGGAGAGUGAGGACAGCAAGCUCCCCUGUAACCCAUGUGCACCUGACUACUCACCCUCCAAGUCAUGCCUUCCCUGUCUUCCUGCGGCCUCCUGCGGUCCUAGUGCAGCCCGCCUAACCUGCAGCCCCCGCCCCAUUUGUGUGCCCUGCCCAGGGGGCCGGUUCUGAGAGCCCAGGGUCUGGCCCUGAAAAGGCUCACUGCAAAUAUGUGCCUUAGUUUCUCAGAGCCUGUCACAAAGGCUGGCUGAUCCCAAAGGUCUCAAUUCCUCAUCAUUUCAAUGGUGUCUCUGUUCUCAGGCUGCCUCCUGGGUCAGCUUUUCCUUCUGGGUGCUGUUACAGUGGAUUCUGAAAUGCAGUAGAGGGCUUUUGUUGGCAGAACAAUAAAGUGCAUUUUUUCAGGCCCCUGAUGCCUAACUGGCACCA